CCUGAGAUCCGCCGAGCUCGAACCUGGUUGCUUGGGGCCUCCCGAGUACUUUCGAAAGACCACUUCAUCAGUAGAAACUGCCAGAUCCAGCAUGGCAGACAAAUUCGAAAAGGCGCGUGGCCUGAUCUACGCAGCCCACAACGAGGAUCCAAACAAGCAUACCAAACAGGACGGAAGUGAGCUUCCAUACGAAACGCAUUACUCCCAAAAGAUGGAAGGCUUCCUGCAUAAGCGUGCUCCCAGUGCUUCGGAAGUAUUGAAGCUGGCCAUAUGCGGCCAACAUUUCCGGAGAUGGGAAGUGAGAAGAGACUCGUUUACAGAGGGCAAGCUUGGCUAUCACGCCUGGCGGACACACCUGAAGAAGCGGCAAGCCCAGCAAGUCGGGGACAUUUUGGAGCAAUGCGGAUACGCGGAAGCAGAUGUGCAGAGAUGCAGAGGGCUGAUUGAAAAGGAAGGGCUCAAGCAGGGCGAAGAGGAAGUACAGGUGCUUGAAGAUGUCGCUUGCCUUGUCUUUCUUGACGAUCAGUUCGAGGAGUUCAAGGAGAGGCAUGACGAGCAGAAGAUCAUCGGCAUACUGCAGAAGACGUGGGCGAAGAUGUCCAAGGAAGGGCAGGAUAUGGCUCUGCACCUUGCCAUGACCGACGAGUGCAAGGCGCUGGUUGGCAAGGCGUUGGCGUGAGGUGAGGCUCUGCCAGGCAGAGUGCCCAUGACUCGUCGUGGUGGUGGUGAUCGGCUCCGUGAUGCAAGUGAGCGAGAACUCUGUUCGACAAGCUACGCAAGCGUCAACGGUAUGCUGCCGUUGGGACCAGCGGUCGGCGAUUCGAGCGACUUAUAGUUAAUCGCACGCGCGUUACGUCGAGCGACCCAUUGUGGGUUAUUUGUAUGGUGUUUUGUAUAGGUUACACCUAGGUUAACACCUAUAUGGUAUAGUAUGUAGAUUUCUACUAAAUCGCGUCGAAAUCGCG